CAGCAGCAGCAGCCGCCCCACGGCCCCCGGAGGGACCCCCGCCGCCGCCCCGCGCCCCCAGAUGUACAAGCAAUCCAAGGCCCAGCGGGCCCGGACCAUGGCCCUCUACAACCCCAUCCCCGUCAAGCAGAACUGCUUCACCGUCAACCGCUCCCUCUUCGUCUUCAGCGAGGACAACGUGAUCCGCAAAUAUGCCAAGAGGAUCACCGAGUGGCCGCCGUUCGAGUAUAUGAUCCUGGCUACAAUUAUAGCUAAUUGUAUUGUUCUGGCUUUGGAGCAACAUUUACCAGAUGGAGACAAGACGCCCAUGUCGGAGAGGCUGGACGACACUGAGCCAUACUUUAUUGGGAUAUUUUGCUUUGAAGCGGGCAUCAAAAUCAUUGCGCUGGGGUUUGUUUUUCACAAGGGCUCUUAUCUCCGCAACGGCUGGAACGUGAUGGAUUUUGUGGUCGUCCUUACCGGGAUUCUUGCUACAGCUGGGACCCAGUUUGACCUACGGACGCUGAGAGCUGUCAGAGUAUUGCGGCCGCUGAAGCUCGUCUCUGGAAUCCCCAGUUUACAGGUUGUCCUCAAAUCGAUCAUGAAGGCAAUGGUGCCGCUUCUCCAGAUCGGGCUCCUCCUCUUCUUCGCCAUUGUGAUGUUUGCCAUCAUUGGACUGGAGUUCUACAUGGGCAAGUUCCACAAAGCCUGCUUCUCCAACGAAACGGGGGAAAGGGUGGGAGAUUUUCCAUGUGGAGAGGAGAAGCCGGCCAGACUGUGCGAAGAAGGAACGUGCAAAAAAUACUGGGAAGGUCCCAACUUUGGAAUUACCAACUUCGACAAUAUCCUGUUUGCUGUGCUCACCGUCUUCCAGUGCAUCACGAUGGAGGGAUGGACAGACAUCCUCUACAAUACCAACGACGCUGCAGGGAAUAUGUGGAACUGGCUUUACUUCAUCCCACUCAUCAUCAUUGGUUCCUUCUUCAUGCUCAACCUGGUGCUUGGCGUCUUGUCAGGUGAGUUCGCCAAAGAACGAGAAAGAGUUGAAAACCGCCGGGCCUUCCUCAAACUCCGGCGACAGCAGCAGAUUGAAAGGGAACUCAAUGGCUACUUGGAGUGGAUCUUUAAGGCAGAGGAAGUAAUGUUAGCAGAGGAAGACAAGAAUGCCGAAGAGAAGUCCCCCCUGGAUGGGAGGGCCACUUCUGAAGGCCCAAUACUGCGAGGCACGGCAACGGUGGAGAUUAGCAGCGGCGGCAGCUGUAACAUAUUGAAAAGAGCAACAAUCAAGAAGAGCAAAAAUGACCUAAUCCACGCGGAAGAGGGAGAGGACCACUUCACGGAUGUUUGCUCUGUUGGGUCUCCGUUUGCCCGGGCCAGUCUGAAGAGUGGCAAAAAUGAGAGCUCCUCCUACUUCCGUAGGAAAGAAAAGAUGUUUCGGUUCUUCAUCCGGCGCAUGGUGAAAGCUCAGAGCUUCUACUGGAUGGUCCUCUGUGUGGUGGCGCUCAAUACCAUGUGUGUCGCCAUUGUGCAUUACGACCAGCCAGAGGGGCUCACCACUGCACUGUAUUUUGCUGAGUUUGUUUUCCUUGGCUUAUUCCUCACUGAGAUGUCCCUGAAGAUGUACGGCUUGGGCCCAAGGAACUAUUUCCACUCCUCCUUCAAUUGCUUUGACUUUGGGGUGAUUGUGGGGAGCAUCUUUGAAGUCAUCUGGGCUGCAGUGAAGCCUGGCACCUCCUUUGGCAUCAGUGUGUUGAGAGCCCUUCGGUUGUUGAGGAUUUUCAAAGUCACCAAGUACUGGAACUCCUUAAGAAACCUUGUGGUCUCCUUGCUGAAUUCCAUGAAGUCCAUCAUCAGCUUGCUGUUCCUCCUCUUUCUCUUCAUCGUUGUGUUUGCUCUGCUGGGGAUGCAGCUCUUUGGAGGACAGUUUCAUUUUAAUGAUGAAACACCAACCACCAACUUUGAUACCUUCCCCACCGCCAUCCUUACUGUGUUUCAGAUUCUGACCGGAGAGGACUGGAACGCAGUGAUGUACCAGGGGAUUGAAUCCCAAGGGGGCGUCCACUCCGGGAUGUUCUCCUCGGUCUACUUCAUUGUCCUGACGCUGUUUGGUAACUACACGCUCCUGAACGUCUUCUUGGCCAUUGCGGUGGACAACCUUGCCAACGCACAAGAGCUGACCAAGGAUGAAGAGGAAAUGGAAGAAGCUACCAACCAAAAACUCGCCCUGCAGAAGGCCAAGGAGGUAGCAGACGUUAGUCCUCUGUCGGCAGCUAACAUUUCCAUAGCAGCUUUUGUAAAGCAAACUCGAGGUACUGUAUCUCGCAGCUCGUCGGUCUCCAGCGUAAAUUCACCCAAACAGCAGAAUGCCUCCAAGUCAAAAUCCGUGUGGGAGCAGAGGACCAGCCAGAUCCGAAUGCACAAUUUCCGGACCAGCUGUGAAGCCUUGUACAGUGAGCUGGACCCAGAGGAAAGAGUGCGCUACGCCACCAACCUCCACAUCCGUCCCGAUAUGAAAACUCACUUGGAUCGUCCCUUGGUGGUUGAGCCCAGGACCAAUGGGCGCAACAACAACGUCAACAAGCUAAGUCCCGGUGAUGUGCAAGAGGUAGCGGAGCCGGCAAAAGUGACUCCAACCGAAGGCACAGAAGGUGUAAGGAAACAUCACCGGCACCGGGAGAAAGACAAAACCGGAGAGCAGGAAAAGAGCAGCGCGGCCAAGGAGGAGAAUGGGGAAACCACCACAAACCAUAAAGAGGAGCGGCAUCGGCCUCACAGGAGCCGCAGCAAAGAAGGUGACGGUGGAGGGAAGGACGGGAAAAGUGAGCGCAACCGGAGCCAAGAAGGAGGAAGGCGCCAUCAUCGGCGUGGCUCAGUGGAAGAAGGAGCUGAGCGGGAACACAGGCGCCACCGGGGUCACCGGCAUUCGGCUGAGCGGCAAGCCAAAGAAGGCAAUGGAGAUGUCAACGGUGCCAAGACGGAGCGCCGUUCCCGGCACCGAGGAGGGUCCAGACCUGGGAACCGGGAAGGGGAUCCAGGCUCCAAAGGAGAAGGAGGGGAAGAACCCCACAGACGGCACCGAAUGCGGCAAAAGGCACUCUCAACCUACGAGUCGAUGGACAAGGAGAAUGGGGAGAAGGAAGGCGAGGCGGGAGACAAAGAGCUGAGGAAUCACCAGCCAAGGGAAGGUCAAUGUGAGACGGAGGUUGGUGGCAGUGUGACCAUGGCUCCUCUACACACCUUGCCCAGCACUUGCUUGCAGAGGGUGCCUGAGCAGCCAGAAGAUGCUGACAACCAGAAGAACGUCACCCGCAUGGGCCAGCCGUCUCUGGAGAAACCGACCACUGUGAACAUCCCCGUCACUGUCACAGCCCCUCCUGGGGAUGUUGCCGUCAUCCCAAUGAACAACGUUGAAUUUGAGACUAAAACGGAAGAGAAGAAAGACAUGGAUGCGGACAAUGACUUGACGGAAAAUGGACCAAAGCCAAUCUUGCCUUAUAGUUCCAUGUUCGUCUUAAGUCCUACCAACCCAAUCCGGCGCUUGUGCCAUUACAUCGUGAACAUGCGCUACUUUGAGAUGGUCAUCCUCAUUGUCAUAGCACUCAGCAGCAUUGCAUUGGCGGCCGAAGACCCCGUCCAAGCGGAGUCACCAAGAAAUGAGGCCCUCAAGUACUUGGAUUACAUAUUUACAGGUGUUUUUACAUUUGAGAUGGUGAUAAAGAUGAUUGACCUGGGGCUCAUUCUCCAUCCGGGUUCCUACUUCCGCGACCUCUGGAACAUCCUGGAUUUUAUUGUGGUCAGUGGGGCUCUUGUUGCCUUCGCCUUUUCGAGUUUCAUGGGAGGUAACAAAGGGAAAGAUAUCAACACCAUCAAGUCCCUGAGAGUGCUGAGGGUCCUUCGGCCCCUGAAGACCAUCAAGCGCUUGCCGAAAUUAAAGGCUGUCUUUGACUGCGUGGUGAAUUCCCUGAAGAACGUCCUCAACAUCCUCAUUGUUUACAUGCUCUUCAUGUUCAUCUUUGCCGUCAUUGCUGUGCAGCUCUUCAAGGGACGCUUCUUCUACUGCACGGAUGAAUCCAAAGAUCUGCAAAAAGAUUGCAGGGGUCAAUAUCUAGCUUAUGAUAAGGAUGAGGUGGAAGCACAGCCCAGGCAAUGGAAGAAAUAUGAAUUCCACUAUGACAAUGUCCUAUGGGCUUUGUUGACCCUGUUCACUGUCUCCACAGGAGAGGGCUGGCCGACUGUUCUGAAACAUUCUGUCGAUGCCACCUACGAGAACCAAGGCCCGAGUCCUGGGUACCGAAUGGAGAUGUCCAUUUUCUACGUGGUGUAUUUUGUCGUCUUCCCCUUCUUCUUUGUGAACAUCUUUGUCGCCUUGAUCAUCAUCACCUUCCAGGAGCAGGGGGACAAAGUGAUGUCGGAAUGUAGCCUUGAGAAAAAUGAGAGAGCCUGUAUUGACUUUGCCAUAAGUGCCAAGCCCUUGACCCGCUACAUGCCUCAAAACAAGCAAUCCUUCCAGUACAAGAUGUGGAAGUUUGUGGUCUCUCCUCCUUUUGAAUACUUUAUCAUGGUCAUGAUCGCCCUCAACACCAUUGUGCUCAUGAUGAAGUUCUACGGUGCCCCGGAGCCCUACGAAAACAUGCUGAAAUGCCUCAACAUUGUCUUUACAUCCAUGUUUUCACUGGAAUGUGUGUUGAAGAUUAUUGCCUUUGGCGCACUGAACUAUUUCCGUGAUGCCUGGAACAUCUUUGAUUUUGUCACAGUCUUGGGAAGUAUUACUGAUAUUUUAGUAACAGAGAUUGCGGACACGGACAAUUUCAUCAACCUCAGCUUCCUCCGACUCUUCCGGGCGGCGAGACUCAUCAAACUUCUCCGCCAGGGCUACACCAUUCGGAUUCUGCUCUGGACCUUUGUCCAGUCUUUCAAGGCCUUGCCGUACGUCUGUCUCCUCAUUGCCAUGCUCUUCUUCAUUUACGCUAUCAUUGGGAUGCAGGUGUUCGGAAACAUUGCGUUGGAUGAUGACAGCUCCAUCAAUCGGCACAACAACUUCCAAACCUUUUUGCAGGCCUUGAUGCUUCUUUUCCGGAGUGCCACCGGAGAAGCCUGGCAUGAAAUCAUGCUGGCAUGCCUAAGCAACCAGGCCUGUGACAAGCUCUCCAACCUCAACAAAAACGAAUGUGGCAGUGACUUUGCCUAUUUUUACUUUGUCUCCUUCAUCUUCCUCUGCUCCUUUCUGAUGUUGAACCUGUUUGUGGCUGUUAUCAUGGACAACUUUGAGUACUUGACACGAGACUCUUCCAUCCUAGGACCCCACCAUCUGGAUGAGUUUGUUCGCGUGUGGGCCGAGUAUGACCCAGCUGCCUGUGGGCGCAUCAGUUACACAGACAUGUACGAGAUGCUGAGACACAUGUCUCCACCACUUGGACUGGGAAAGAAAUGCCCAGCUCGGGUAGCCUAUAAGCGUUUGGUACGAAUGAACAUGCCAAUUUCAAACGAUGACUUAAGUGUCCACUUCACAUCCACACUGAUGGCGUUGAUCCGGACAGCUUUGGAAAUCAAACUCGCAUCAGGAAUCCUGCAGCACCAGUGUGAUGCUGAGUUAAGGAAGGAGAUCUCCCUUGUGUGGCCUAAUCUGUCCGCAAAGACCUUGGAUCUCUUGGUCCCACCUCAUAAACCAGAAGCAAUGACCGUGGGGAAAGUCUAUGCAGCCCUCAUGAUCUUUGACUUUUAUAAGCAGAGUAAAAACACGCGGGAUCCUUCUCAUCCAGCCGCUGGAGGUCGUCGCCAGACCGGGACAGUGUCUCUCUUCCACCCAUUGAAAGCAGCCCUUGAACAAAGUCAACCAUCAGUAUUCCCCAAUGCUUUCCUGCGACAAAAGAGCUCUGCUUCGCUAAACAACGGAGGUGCCUUGCCAACGCCGGUGGUUGGAGGCAUCAAGGAAUCUGUUUCGUGGGGUACUCAGCGGACUCAGGAUGUGUUUUAUGAAACAAGGACACCAGCUUUUGAGCGCGGCCGCUCAGAGGAAAUCCCCAUUCAGCAGAAAAGCAAACAGGGAGUCGAAAUGCAAGAGAUCAGCCCAACCCUGGCCAACGGUGAGCAUCAGCCUGGCCUGGAGAGCCAAGGGCGAGCAGCUUCCAUGCCACGCCUGGCGGCUGAAACUCAGCCCAUUCCGGACACGAGUCCCAUGAAACGUUCCAUCUCCACGUUGAACCCACAGCGUCCCCAUGCUACGCACCUCUAUGAACAUUCCCGACCAGCUGAGCACACCCAUCACCAUCACCACCAUCGCUGCCACCGAAGGAAAGUGAGAAAAGAGAAGUCGGUGGACAAACCACCCAACCACUUGGCUGAUGGUGAUGCUCCAGGUGAGACUGCAUCCAAAGCCAAGAAACAGGAGCGGGGCCGGUCCCAAGAACGGAAGCUUCACUCCUCCUCUUCCUCUGAAAAGCAGCGCUUCUACUCCUGUGAUCGAUAUGGGAGUCGAGAACAUUCUCAGCCCAAGCCAUCAGACCGCAGUAGGCCAACCUCCCCCAAUGGCGGGCAGGAGCAUGGGACACAGAAACAGGGCAGUGGUUCAGUUAACGGGAGCCCCUUGCUGUCGACCUCUGGUGCUAGCACCCCAUGCCGCGGCCGGAGGCAGCUGCCACAGACGCCGCUGACCCCGCGUCCCAGCAUCACGUACAAGACCGCCAACUCUUCGCCGGUGCACUUCUCGGGUUUCCAGACUGGCCUGAUGACCUUCUCCCCGGGACGCCUGAGCCGGGGUCUUUCUGAGCACAAUGCUUUGCUGCAUGGCGACUCCCAGGGCCCCUCGCAGACCCUGGUGGCACGGAUCGGUUCAGACCCUUACCUGGGCCACCGGGAGGACAGUGACAGUCCGUACCAUGUUGUGCCUGAGGACACGCUCACGUUUGAGGAGGCCCUUGCGACGAAUUCAGGAAGGUCAUCCAGGACAUCUUAUGUCUCCUCGCUGACGUCCCAAUCCCAUCAAAUCCGUAGAGUCCCCAAUGGAUACCACUAUACCUUGGGCCUCAGUGGUGGCCCUGGGACAAGCACCAGAGCCCGUAGCUAUUACCAUGAGCGAGACGAAGAUGAUUGGUGCUAGCAGGAAAAAACCAGGUCCACGCACACUGGGAAUUGAUGAGUUUUAUCAUCCAGGAAGUUCCGUGUUUGUGCUCGCACGCAUGUUCGGCCCCGUGGCAUCUGGGCUGGAGGGGAAAAGAGGCGGUGAGGAGUAUCUCCUUGUGGAACAUCCACACGCACCGAGACAACUGCCCCACGUGCAUCUACAAAACCAUGGGAGAUGACACCUGCCUCUCUGGUUGUGUCUCAUUGCUUCUCUUGCACUAGAGAGCUCUUGAUCAAAUUUGAUGAGGAAAGUCCAUUCUUUGGAAGGCUGGGGUGGGAGAAGCUGGCUUCCACUUCGCUCCUUAUUGCCUCAUUGAGGUUAAACAUCCAUCUCCCGCCUAACCCACCCAGGUGACAAUAAUGUCCUGUAAGCAAAGAGGCAAGAGGAAGGAAGCCCAAACUUGGUUCUGUUGAUCUUUCUAGGACUGGAACAUCUGCACAGUUGGGGGCGGUCAGGUGGGAAGGAAAAGACCCUUGUAUACAAACUCCAGCAGAUGGUUUCUCUUAUCCACUUUUUUUAAAGCAGGGAAUUUGCCCAGCUGGAUACUUGGGCUUCUUCUUUGUUCACCACCGUCCUUUCCAACAGAGCCAGUAACACAACCUUCCAGCCAACAAAAAAGCACCAAGUUGCCAUCCGUGAUCCAUUGGAUUCAUCUGUUUUGUUCUCAUGUUUAGCUGGUCUUUGAUGUCAACAUUUUGGGAAGACCCCAAAGGAGAGUAGUUUGGGGGGAGGGGGCAAGGACAGCUUCCGAACUGCGGCUCCCGUUGCUAACUGAGUUGUCUCUGUAUGGACGCAAGAUGACACUUUGACCAUUUCAUCUUGUUUACAAAUCCGCGUUUGUGCGAGGAUGAGAGGGGGAGAAAUACACGAGCGGGGAAACAGGGGAGGGGCAGGCGAAGGAAAAUGUACCUUUGGUUUUUCUAUUGAGCUGUUAGAUAAACUUUGACUUUUCAUGGUGUGCAUUCUUUUUGGUAAACUGUACAGUAAAAGAACAAAAUUACAAAGAGUCCUCCACUGUAGAGAGCUAGUCCAAUGGUCAUUCCAGCCCCACCAUUCUUUUUUCUUACCGAAGGCGCCAGUUCUUCACUUCUUAAGUGCCUAACCUUGGGAAUCUCUCACAAGUGACGAUGCAAUCUCAUGUUUGGGGAGCAUCAGGAGGGCAUGAGAGUGUGGGGCAGGGAAGAUUGCCCUUCACAUCGUGGGGCGGAGAAGGUGUUUGGAAGGGCUCUGAGCUCGCUUUUUGAGCUGAGUGGAUCUUUCUGCCUUGCCAGGUUGGAGAGCUAUCAGCAGGAAAAGCCAAAGGGCUGAAAUAUGGGAAUAAUUACAAAGGUUCAGGUCAAACAGCUGGCUGUAGGGCUCACGCUUUUGCAAGAAAAUGGGAUCUUUUUGCUCUGUGUAAAUCUUAGCUUUAAUACAGGUGCACCAAACACCUGUCUCGGCAUGCUGUUUACGUCAAGAGCGACCGGAGGGACUCUUGCAACUCUUUGGAAGAGGCAAGGUAGAAAAAGAAGGGAAACCUAAUUCCGAUUCUCAGGGAUGAGAUUUCUAUUUUGGUUCUGUUUCUCUUUUUUUCUUUUGUCUCUGUGCGUGUGCGUGUGUGUGUGUGUGCAUGCAUGUUUCUGCCGUGUGCGUUGGCUGUUUUCUUUUGUGUAUGUGUGUAUUUAUGUAUGUGCACAUGUUCGUGACAAGCCUGGGGAAAAUAUUAGUAGUGAACAAAGAUGUCCAGAGGCCUCUCCCACCAGCAUGGGUACAGCUGCAACUGGAAAGAGCUGGUAGAAUGAUGUUUGGAGACUGGAUGGAGGAGAGAGACAGUAGUGACCAAAUGAACAUGGAGGGAAGGGAAGUAGUGAGGAGAUGUGACUACUUGUAAGAUGACAGUGGGCCCUCCACAUUUGUUGGAGAACAUCUCUCUAGGUCCUGAAGUUGACCAUAGAAUCAUUCUGGAGGACCUACAGAUGCCUAGAGAAGUGUU